UUGGCCACGAAGGCUCGGCCUGGGCAGCGUGGCGUCCGGGGCGAGUGUGGUGUCACCAUUGGCACCACCAGCUCUGCUCCUGGGCUUCCCUUCUGCCCACUCAGGACCCACGGCCUCCGUGUCCUUCAGAUGCACUGCUUGACCACUCCCAUGCUGCUGCGGGCCCUGGCCCAGACUGCCCGUGCAGGACCUCCUGGUAGCCGGAGCCUCCAUAGCAGUGCAGUGGCAGCCACCUACAAGCAUGUGAACAUGCAGGAGCCCAAGAUGGACAUGAAGUCAGUGACUGACUGGGCAGCCCAGACCCUGCUGUGGACCGAGCUCCUCUGAGGCCUGGCCAUGACCCUGACCUACCUGUUCUGGGAGCAGGCUACCAUUUACUAUCCGUUCGAGAAGGGCCCACUGAGCCCUCACUUCCGUGGGGAGCAUGCCCUGCGCUGGUACCCAUCGGGGGAGGAGUGCUGCAUUGCCUGCAAGCUUUGCGAGGCCAUCUGCCCCGCCCAGGCCAUCACCAUCGAUGCUGAGCCGAGAGCUGAUGGCAGCCGCCGGACCACUUGCUACCACAUCGACAUGACCAAGUGCAUCUACUGCGGCUUCUGCCAGGAAGCCCGCCCCGUGGACGCCAUAGCCGAGGGCCCCAACUUUGAGUUAUCCACGGAGACGCACGAGGAGCUGCUGUACAACAAGGAGAAGCUGCUCAACAAUGGGAACAAGUGGGAGGCGGAGAUCGCCGCCAACAUCCAGGCUGACUACCUGUACCGGUGAUGCCCCGCCCUCUGCCCGCAGCCUACUGCCCAGUGAAACCACUCUGAC